CCAUAGCUACAUAGCGUUAACUAAAUUAGAUAGCUAGCUAGCUACGUACAGGGGGCUAACUAGGUUUAAGAUAGUUAGCUAGCUAACUUUAACACAGUAGGAUCAGUGGGUUUUAUUCAAACUGACCAGUUAUUAACUGAAAAUGAGUUUAGACACACUCUUUCAACAAAUCCUUCUAACUGAACAACAGUUAACUGAGCAGACACAAAAAUUCAAAGAAGUCAAAGUAGCUAUCAUCAGAAACAAUGAGAAGAUCAAGAGUGCAACUGAGAAGAAUGAAAAGGUCAAUGAGGAACUUGAUGCAAAGGCACAGCAGUUGUCUGCCAUGAGGCUGCAGUAUGACCUGAUGAAGAAAUGUGAAGGCCAGAUGUUGAAGCAAAUUGAGAAGCUGCUCGGCCAUCGGAGCCAACUCAGGGAACGUCUCGCUAAGAUAAAGUGGGAGUCUAAAGAAGAAAAGAAAAACUUCCUUCAGGAGAUCUCAAGGUUCAACAGUGAGUUCAGUCUUCGAGGAACCAGAGACUUGGUGUUCGAGAGCCAAACCCACGCUGAGCUCCUGGACCUGGAGAGGGAGGUGGAAGCGUUACACAAAGAGAUGGAGCUGAUGAGCCGCAGGAACAGUCGCAUGAGCUCCAUGCAGGAGGAGAAGAGGGGGCUCCAGCUCCAAAUGCAGGGCCUGUAUAACGUCCACAAAGACCUGGAUCAUCAGUUGAGUGAGGCUGUAGCAAUGACAGAGUCUCUGAAAGCCGAGAGCCGGUUUGUCAGUCAGAAACCUCUCACUGACAGCACCUGUCUGAGGCUGAGGAAGGAGCUGGAGAUGCAUAAAGAAGGAGAGCUUCUGCGAAAGGCCCUCAGCUCUGAAAUACACUUCCUGAAGUCUAAGCUGGACAGCAGCCAGGGAAGGGAGCAGCAUUAGGUCUGGCAUGGAUGAAACAGGAAAGCAUGUUCACUUAUUGUCUCAUGUGUUGAAAUAAAACGUGAAUAUGAACAGACAGGAGAGAAAGACCACGAGAAGGAACAAAUGGUGUUUCUUCCUUGGAAGUUUUAUGAAAAGAGCUCAUUCCAAUCAGUGUGUAACCUCAGUCAGUACACAGGCUCUACUGCCAUGGACCUCGUGGAAG